CAUUCAAGGAGGAACCAUGAAGUCUGGUGGUCUGUGCAUCAUCCUGAGCUUAGCUGCCUCGGUGUACUGCUUGCCGGUAUCACAAAUCACUGUGCAAGAUGAGAAUUUUGCGGAGAACUACCUGAAGAAUUUCUUCAACCUGACAGAGGAGAACGGACCAAACACCAGACGUGGGGUCAACCCGAUCACCAGGAAGCUGAGUGAGAUGCAGCGAUUCUUUGGACUCCAUAUCACCGGAAGGCUGAAUGAUGAGACCUUGGAGAUGAUGAAGAAACCCCGUUGUGGCGUUCCAGACAACGACAUCGGCAGUUAUUCCACGUUUGGAAGAAACCUCAAGUGGCAAAAAAACAGCCUCACCUACAGGAUAGAGAACUACACUCCCGACAUGUCUGUGUCAGAGGUAGAUGACUCCAUAAACAGAGCUCUGCAGGUUUGGGCCAAAGUCACCCCUCUGAGAUUCACCAGAAUCAACAGCGGCACUGCUGAUAUCAUGAUCUCCUUUGGAAGCCGAGCACACGGUGAUUAUUACCCCUUCGAUGGCCCUGGUAGCACUCUUGCCCAUGCCUUCGCCCCAUCCUCUGGCAUUGGAGGAGAUGCUCAUUUUGAUGAAGAUGAGGACUUCACUUUCCGCUCAAAUAACGGCUACGUCCUCUUCCUGGUGGCUGCCCAUGAGUUUGGUCACUCCCUGGGCUUGUCUCACUCUGAUGAUCCUGGUGCUCUCAUGUACCCUAUGUACUCAUACAGAAACCCUGACACCUUUGUUCUGCCCCGGGAUGAUGUCAACGGCAUCCAGUCUCUCUAUGGUUCAAACCCUGACAAGGAUCCAGUCCAGCCCGGACCUGAGCCCCCCACUACUCCCGAUGCCUGUGAUUCAACCAUGGUCUUGGACGCUGUCACCACCCUGCGAGGAGAAAUGCUCUUCUUCAAGGACAGCUUCUUCUGGCGUAGCUACCCUCAGAGCAACACACCCCAGCAAAGUCUCAUCAAAAGCUUCUGGCCCAAUGCUCCCAACAACAUCGACGCUGCUUAUGAAAGCCGACAGUCAGACAGGGUAUUUCUCUUUAAAAAUCGCAAAGUGUGGGCCUUCAGUGGAUAUACUCCUGUACAUGGAUAUCCUAAGAGACUCACCAGUUUUGGUCUCAGAAGAAACGUAAAGAAAAUCGAUGCAGCCCUUUAUGACGUGGCAUCUCGCAAAACUUUGUUCUUUGUCGGCAAUGAAUACUACAGUUAUGAUGAGGCCAGAAGGACAAUGGACCGGGGAUACCCCAAGCGAGUGGACGAGACCUUCUCCGGCCUGACUGGCAAGGUGUCCGCAGCCUUCCAGUACAGAAGUUUCACGUACAUCUACAGUGGACAGCAUAUGUUUGAGUACGACCUGAAGAGCAAGAUGCUGUACCGCGUGCUGAGGAACAGCUACUUCUUGCGCUGCACUAACUUCUAGUUGUAUUCUGCAUAAUUCUUAAAGUCUUACAGCUGUUUAUGUAGCCAAACAGUAUUUAAAAAAAAUAUAUUAUUUUUAUACUUAGUCUGUAUGUACAUACAUAUUGAUGCCUGGAUAUGAGAUCAGAUAUUUAAUAAAAUGUUUAUUGAUAUAUAAUUGGACAAUAAAAGAAGAAUUAACAAAUCAAUACAAUUUACACAACUUUAAUACAACGUACAACUGUUGUAUCAACAGGGUCUUCCAUAAUGUAUGCAUGUAAAACUAUAUUUUAAUGUUUUCCAUUUUGAAGAGUGUACUGUUUUUAUCAUUGUUGUUUGGUUUUUGCUUAUAAUAAAGUGUUAA